AUGGUGGGCAUCUUCGAAUCGGGCAGUACAGCGUUAAAAGUUAUAGAAGCUGGAGCAAUGAUUGCAUUAAAUAUUUUGUCACUUUUGGGCAACAUCCUUGUUUGUUUGUCAGUUUACAGAAAUAGCAGUCUCCGUACCACAACGAAUCUGUACAUCAUUGCAUUGGCUGUAACUGACUUGAUAGCUGCAACUCUGGUCAUGCCUCCAGCGACUGGAGUUCUUAUCACAGGAAGGUGGCCUUUUGGGGAAACGGCUUGUCAAAUACACGCUUAUUUCAGUCUGUUUGUUGUGUAUGUUUCACCUGUGACCAUGGGUCUUACUGCACUGAACAGGUACAUAAGAAUAUGCAAAUCAAAUAAAAAACAUAGUCUGUACUUUUCGAAGAAAAAAUCUCGUAUUUUUCUUGGAUCUGCCUGGACAUUUGUAGCUCUCUACAUUUUAAUUCCUCGCCUUACUGGUCUACAAGAUUUUCAUUUUGUACCGAACUAUGCAGCUUGCUUAAACAGUCACUUAAGUAAUUUUGGAAAAAUACUUCACUACAUUGUCGUUCUAGGCUUGUUUUUUGUCCUUCCGCUAACUGUGACAACAUUCAGCUACAGAAAUGUUUUGAAAAAGAUUCGGGAACACAAUGCUGGAACAGCGCAAAGUCUUCGAGCAAACAACAACGAGACAGUCACCACAAACGAAAUUCGACUAAGCAAGUCUCUGUUUGUUGUCGUCUUUGCCUUCAUGUUGUGUUGGGUACCCGCUUGGGUCAUCACCAUCCUGACCAGAUUGUUUUUUGGCAAUAAAAUGCCUCGCAAUGUUCAGUUACUUUGCACAUUUUUCGUAAAUAUUUCGAACGCCAUCAAUCCCUUUAUUUAUGCGGGAAUGAAUCCUGUGUUUAGAAGAGAGUUUCGAAAAGUACUCGGAUGUAAAUUUGGAGUGAGAGUCGAGAAUAGUUCAAGUCAACAAUCAUUAAGUGGAAGACCAGCCACUUGA